UCCUCAUGUAUUCUCCCCAAAUGUGGGGAGCAGAUGUUGAAAGGAUUUGUGCAAUUGAAAGGAGUGUGUCGAGAUUUCGCUGUCCUGGAGGACCACACCCUGGCCCACAGCCUGCAGGAACAGGAGAUUGAGCAUCAUUUGGCAUCAAACAUUCAGCGGAACCGUUUGGUCCAGCAUGAUCUCCGGGUGGCUAAGCAACUCCAAGAGGAAGAUCUGAAAGCGCAGGCUCAGCUUCAGAAGCGCUACAAAGACCUUGAACAACAGGACUGUGAAAUUGCUCAGGAAAUCCAGGAAAAGCUGGCUAUUGAGGCAGAGAGACGACGCAUUCAGGAGAAGAAGGAUGAGGACAUAGCUCGCCUUUUGCAAGAAAAGGAGUUACAGGAAGAGAAAAAGCGAAAGAAACACAUCCCAGAAUCCUCUGGAGCCAAUGCUUAUGGAGAGAGUUACUAUUAUGAAGACGGAGACCAGCCACGGUCAAGGAGGGCAAGGGAAUUGGGUUCUGGAUUCUCAAAGUCUUGUAAACUCCAAAGUGAUGAAAAGACUGUGAAGCCGAGAAAGGAGAAACCCAGACAUCCACCGGAGAACUGGGAAGAACUGGAAGAGCAUCGUUUACCUGAGAAGUCUCUGUCCUCUAGCUCACGCAGAGUGAGGGAUGAUCCCCAAAUUGUCACUGAGCUGUGUGAAAGGAAAGGGUCUGGCCAUGAGAGGCCCCGGAGACCUCCUCUUCCCAAGAUCAGCGGUGAAGUGUUUCUGAGCACGGAAUCUGAUGACCGGGAGGCUAGCAGUAGCCAUCGGACUCGGAAUUGGGAAAAACAUUCCAGACACCAAGACAGGCUUUCCCCGAAGUCUUCUCCAAAAGCAGAGAUUCACUGCAAGGAGGCUGCUUAUGGGAGGGAGCGUGGGCAAGGGGAGCGCAGAGAGCGGAAGCACAGGCCCAGGACUCCUCCCUUCUCAGAGAGUGAGGAGCAGCUCCACCUCCAUGACACAGGAAUGAAGCCAAGGGGGAUGAAAGAAUCAGUUUCUACUCCGUCGAGAGUGACCCCCAGAAAUCAGGAAUGGUAUGAUGCUGAAAUUGCCAGAAAACUGCAGGAAGAAGAAAUUUUGGCUACCCAGGUGGAUCUGAGAGCAGCUCAAGUGGCCCAGGAUGAGGAAAUUGCUAGACUUUUAAUGGCUGAAGAAAAGAAAGCUUACAAGAAAGCCAAGGAGAAAUCGUCAUUGGACAAACGAAAACAUGACCCUGAUUGGAAGCCCAAAACAGCUAAAUCACACUCAAAGACAAAAGACAGUGAUGAACCUCAUCGCUCUAAGAAUGACAGGCCUGCACGACCUCCCUCCAGGCCGCCACCACCUACCAUGACAGAUGCUGAGGAUUUGGAUUACACUUAUCCCACACGUCAUUUCUCAAAAUCAGAGUCCUCUCAUAAAGGCUUCCAUUAUAAGCAGUAAAAACCUACGAAUCUGCCUUGAAAACGGACUCACUGUAGCAAAUAUUACUGGAUGAUGCAGAAUGCAUUCCACAUUUAUUUUUUCCUCCUAUGUUUGUACUCCUGGGAUUUAUCCUCAAGGGUUUUUCUGACCAUAAAUAAUUUUAAUGCAUUUAAAAA